AUGUCUGACUCUUCUAUCCAAGUGAUGCUCCGUGUAAGACCAGCUGACCCUGAAAGCUACGAGAAUGUGUACGCUAUCGCAUCCAACAAUACUGACAUCCAGUUCUUUCUUCCAGAUAAGGAGCCUCAAGGCUUUCAGUUCCAUAAAAUAUUCCAACCUUUUUGUUCUCAAAAUGAUAUAUUUGACCAAGCAGCCUCUCAACAAGUUGACCAAUUUCUCAGCGGCCAUGAUGCCUUGGUUUUUGCAUGUGGCCCAGAAGACUCUGGAAAAUCAUAUUCAUUAUUUGGUAACCUUAGCCCUAAUAACGAAGCAAAUGGAGUUAUUCCCAAAGCACUUGUACAUGUUUUCAAAAAGAUAGAAACAAUGAAAUCCAGAAAAGAAAUAGGUGUAAUAGCCAGCUUUGUAGAAAUUUAUAUGAACCAAGUAAGAGAUCUAGGAAAUACUAAGGCUGAAGAGGGAAAGUCGGUAUUUGAAAUUGAUAACUUUGACAACCCAGGGUAUAUAAGUGGACUUUCAGCGAAUUUAAUUAACUCUUAUAAUGACGUGCAGAGGAUGAUUCAGCAUGGAUUUGGCUUAAGAGAAAAUUUAUGAAGACAAGAAAAAGGUCAUUUGAUAUUAAAAAUUUCUAUGACAGCUAAGGAAAAGAAUUCUGCGUCAAAUUCAAAUUUUUACUUUGUGGAGCUUGCAGGGAUUGGAGACCAAAAAGAAGAUAAAACCAAAUACAAAGAACUGGAUUUUUUAAAUACCAGCUUUAUUGCAGUGAAGAAAGCCAUUUUAAACAUCCAAAAAGGAACCCAUGUGCAGCAUAAAGACUCUCUUAUAACCUGGGUGCUCCAAAGUGUUCUAAACGAGAGGUCAAGCAUUUUAUUUUUGGCCCAUGUGAACCCAAACCCCAUUUUCAGUGACAAAAUUAUAGAAACUCUUGAUAAUGCUCAGCAAUGUAUAUCCUUGACUAACCGCCCCAAAGUCUCUCAAGAGCCUUCAAACCUAGUGAACCCUCAACAAAUUAAGAGAAUGCAAAAGGUAGAAGACGACAUACAAGAGCUUAAUAACCAAAUCGACAAAACACUAAACGACCACUCCGCUAAGCUGAAAGCAUUAGGAAAACUCGUCGGAAUUCCCAUAAAUUUAAUGGAUAUAGUAGACGCAGAAUAUGGGUCAAAAGAAUACGAAAUUGCAAAAAGAUAUUAUGAAGCCUUCAAAAGUGCUAAAAAAAUCUCUUAAACUCUUUUUAAUUAUUUUUCUCUUAAAAUGACUGAAAAAUAAAAAAUUCCUUUCAAAAAAGCAGAAAAAAUUGAAAAAAGAAACAAAAAAAUAGAAAAUGAAAUUUUUAUUGGAAAUAGCAUGAUGGAAGAAUUCAAGAGAGGAGAAGUUUUAAAGUCAAAGAAAACCCUAAAUCAUGCAGAAAAGCUGAGAGAAAAAAUAUCUGAAGUAAAGCACGGCAUUACAGACACCCAACUGCAGUCAAAACAAAUAGUCCAUGAAAAUGUCAUAGAAAGAGCUGAAGAACUACAAAAGUUACUGUUGCAUUCCCACAUGCUCCUCGAAGAAAAAGCCUCUGUCGUCCACAAUCUUCCCUAUACAAUGAAAUCUAAAGCUGCUGAUAUCCGAAAUUUAGUCGAUAUCAAAGAAAGCAGCAAAGAAGACGUCCUCCCUGAGCUUAUAAACAAGUUUAAGCUUAACGAAGAAGACCACGCAGGGGUUAUAGAACUAAUAAAGCAUAAAAAUGAAGCCAAACUUAAAGAACUUGACAGUGAAGCGCUCAGAUUUGAACUGGAAUGCAACGAAUAUAACAGAAGAAAAGAGUAAAAAACAUAUAGGAGCCAUUAUAAGACUAUAGAAACUGAAAUUAUUCAGAUUUACGCCAUAUUUGAAAAGCAUGAUACACUUAUAAAAGAAAUAGAACAAGGGGUGUACAAUGGAGGAAUCAAGCCAAUUUAUAUGCUGGCAACAGAAAUCCCUAAGCCUCCGACAAGAGAGAAAUACCCUCAGUAUGCUAUAUAUAGAGCCUCUUUAAAGCACUUACGGAGAAUAAGUUUCUCACAUCGAAAACUGAUAAUUCUAAUAUAAGGAUAUGGAGCCACCCAGUUACUAUGAAAUAUAAGAACUUAAGACAGUCUUUAGCCUUAAGUUCUCCUAAACCAAAUACAGCUGCAUUGCCUAUGGUGAACACCUAUAUGACCCAGACUGAAAAAGGGACGAAAUCAGAUGAGCUAACCCAGUCCUUGCAAGCUGAGAUAAAUUCAGCUACAGAUCAAGAAAUUCUUAUGAUGGGGCAAAAUUUGCAAGAAGCUAUAAAAUCACUAUCAAAAGAAAUAAAAAACUUAAAAAAAUUCGAAGAAAAUGAGCUCGGUAAGGUCCAAGCGAUGGAAAUGGAGCUUGAUCGUGUUAUCACAGAAAGGGAUAAAGGCCGAGAACUAUACACCCAGAACGUAAAAAACCGGAUGGACUCCAAAAUUGUGAUUGAUUCACAGAAAAGGCUGCUUGACAGGUACAUUUUUAUAACUGAACAACUGAGUUCUAGACCUUCGACUGGGAAAAAAAGACCUCAGACGUCUUCAACUCAAAGACCAGGGACGGCUAAAGAAAGUAAUAGAGACUCUUCUAAGGCUUAUAACUCAGUCAGUCAGUUUUAUUCAAGUCAAGCGUCAGUUGGGGUGUUUAGCAGAAGACUUUAG